CGAAAAUAAGCCGCGCGCUCCUGCCCUCCGGGAAUGCCUUAAUGCUUGGCAUCCUUCAACUCCGUCCUACUCACUCGAUCAACAAGUGGCACUAAUCUUUAUCACUGCCCUUUGACGCUGAACAAUUCUGGUGAUGCACGUCUAUGCUCUGGGCUCGAAUGGCUCGUCUCAACUAGGACUUGGCCACGAUGAUGACCUCUCUUUGCCGUCACUUGUCGACACCAGCAAGCUCGACGCCCCAAUUAUUUCCAUUAAAGCUGGUGGAAACCACACCUUGGUCCUCACAAGAUCUGGUACUAUCUAUGCUACUGGUCAAAAUGAGGAUGGGAGGUGUGCGCUUCCUGUGGAAACAUCCUCGAUCAAUUCUUUCGUCUCCCCAACACUACCCAAAAUAGAUUUUAUCGGAUCUACUUGGGAUGCUUCAAUGUUUGCGUCUGCUCUCGGCCCAGUCUAUGUAUGUGGAAGCGGUGCCAAAGGAGAGUUGGGACUCGGAAAAAACAUGACAAAAGCACACUCGCCAAGAACGAUUAAAGAUUUCCCGCCCACUGGCACGCAGAUCGUUGAUUUGGCCGCCUGCAUGGGUCAUGUUGUAGUAGUACUAUCUAACGGAGAUGUCUAUGGCUGGGGCAAUGGACAAAAUGGUCAGUUGGGUAGUCCUCUGGGUAUUGUCUGGCAGCCGCGCAAAUUUGAUGAUGUUUCUUUUCCAGUAGCUCGCGCCGUCUGUGGCAAAGACUUUACAUGCCUUUUCGGCGAUCCUGCAGAUGGCGAGCUACAACUUAUCGGUCUGGCGAAACGUGACAGAUUCAACAUCAAGUCAACCACGCCUCAGAUACUCAGAGACUGGUCAGAUGUACAAGCCACAUGGGGCGGAGUUUAUGCUCUACUAUCUAACAAUAGUCUCGUGGCUUGGGGUAGAGAUGAUCAUGGACAGCUCCCUCCAGCGGAUAUGUCAGUGGCUGCUAUGGCUGCUGGUAGCGAGCACAUGCUCGUGUUGACGACUUCUGGCAAAGUUUUAGCUUGGGGCUGGGGCGAACAUGGUAAUUGCGGCUUACCCACUGACGAGCAACGCGACGUCAAAGGUCGAUGGAAUGAGCUCGAGACAGAGAGCAAUGUCCAACACAUCGGUGCCGGCUGCGCAACGAGUUGGAUCGUUACCUCGUGAGCAUCACACUAUUCCGGCAGCAAUCUUGUUGUGUGGUACAACAUGCCUCAGUCAAACAGGCCGUUCAUCUUCAACACCAGUCAGCUAGCGAAA